AUGAGGUGCUUCCCAUGCUGCAAAUCUGACGUUGAAACACCCUCUUUCACAACAUGCACAAGGACAAUUUCCAGAGGCAAGGCAACAUUCAAAUCAUUAGCUGCUGCUAUGUCACUUAAAACAGGUAGUAGCAGGAAUAGACGAAUUAAUGAUGAGAUACUAAAAUAUGGAACUGCAAAAAAUGAUGUUAAAGUAUUCAUGUACGAAGAAGUUGCUGAUGCAACAGACAACUUCAAUCCUGAGUGCCUUGUGGGUGAAGGUGGAUUCGGGAAUGUCUAUAAAGGAUACAUAAAAAGUCUUGAUCAGACUGUAGCUGUGAAGCAACUGAACAGACAAGGAGCACAAGGAACACGAGAAUUUAUUGCAGAGGUUUUGAUGUUAAGCAUGGUGAAACAUCCAAACCUUGUCAGGCUCGUUGGUUAUUGUGCUGAAGGAGAUCACAGGAUUUUAGUUUAUGAAUUCAUGGCCAAUGGGAGUUUGGAAAAUCACCUUCUAGACUUAGGUACAGAUAAGGAGCCUUUGGAUUGGCAGACAAGGAUUAAAAUAGCUGAGGGAGCAGCUAGAGGACUUGACUAUCUUCAUAAUAGUGCAGAUCCACCAGUUAUAUUCCGUGAUUUUAAAUCCUCUAAUAUACUGUUAGAUGAAAAUUUCAAUGCAAAGCUAUCUGAUUUUGGACUUGCUAAGAUUGGUCCAAGAGAAGGCCAGGACUUUGUCUCAACAAGGGUGAUGGGGACCUUAGGCUAUUGUGCACCAGAGUAUGCUUCUAAGGGUAAGCUAAGCACAAAGGCAGACAUUUAUAGUUUUGGGGUUGUGUUUUUGGAAAUAAUCUCAGGCAGGAGAGUAAUUGACACUUCAAGAGCUACAGAAGAGCAAAACUUGAUUGAUUGGGCACAACCUUUGUUUAAGGACAGAACCAAGUUUACUCUUAUGGCUGACCCUUUGCUUAAAGGUCAGUUCCCUGUGAAGGGCCUAUUUCAAGCUCUGGCAGUGGCAGCAAUGUGUCUACAAGAAGAAGCUAACACAAGACCUUUCAUGGAUGAUGUUGUAACGGCUCUUACGCAUCUAUCAGCACAUAGAACUGGAGAACAAGACAUUGCUGGUGAAUCUAUAAAAAGUGCUGGGCAUGUUGAAUCUUUUAGAGCUCCAAGUUCAUGUGGAUCUGAAAGGUCAGCUAGCUUCAUUGGCCAGACACAGACUAGGAUUCACUGA